GAGCCAAUCAGGGUCACCUUUGUCCCCAGUUAUAAGUCUCUGCGGACUCACCAGGACUCACAGACUCCCCAGACCAGGAGGAUGCCAGUCAUGGGGUCCCCAGCUCUCCUCCUGCUGCUCUGGGGGGCCCUGGCCCUGACCCAGACCUGGGCCGGCCCCCACUCCCUGAGAUAUUUCUUCACCGCCGUGUCCCGGCCCGGCCGCGGGGAGGCCCGGUACCUGGAGGCCGGCUACGUGGACGACCUGCCUUUCGAGGGGUUCGACAGCGACUCCGAGAGUCAGAGGGCGGAGCCGCGGGCGCGGUGGAUGGAGCAGGAGGAGCCGGUCUAUUGGGACCUGAGCACCCAGAACGCCAAGAGAGACGCACAGAGUUUCCGAAGGAGCCUGCACACCCUGCGCGGCUACUACAACCAGAGCCGGGACGGGUCUCACACGCUCCAGGAGAUGUGGGGCUGUGACAUGGGACCCGACGGGCGCCUCCUCCGCGGGUACCGCCAGUCCGCCUACGACGGCACCGACUACCUCGCCCUGAACGAGGACCUGCGCUCCUGGACCGCGGCCCACACCGCAGCUCAGAUCACCCGGCGCAAGUGGGAGGAGGCCGGUGAGGCUGAGCGAGUCAGGAACCAACUGGAGGGCAGGUGCCUGGAGUUUCUCCACAGAGUCCUGGCGAUGGGGAAGGAGGUGCUGCAGCGCACAGACCCUCCAAAGACACACGUGACCCACCACCCCAUCUCUGACCGUGAGGUCACCCUGAGGUGCUGGGCCCUGGGCUUCUACCCUGUGGACAUCAGCCUGAGCUGGCAGCGUGAUGGGGAGGAGCAGACCCAGGACACGGAGUUUGUGGAGACCAGGCCUGCGGGGGAUGGGACCUUCCAGAAGUGGGCGGCCCUGGUGGUGCCCCGUGGAGAGGAGCAGAGAUACACGUGCCAUGUGCAGCACGAGGGGCUGCCGGAGCCGCUGACCCUGAGAUGGGAGCCGCCUCCUCAGGCCACCAUCCCCCCUGUGGGCCUGGUUGUGGGCCUGGUCAUCCUUGGAGCUGUGGUCACUGGAGCUGUGGUCACUGGAGCUGUGAUGUGGAGGAGGAAGCGCUCAGGAUGUUUUCUUCCCACAGGUGGAAAAGGAGGGAGCUAUGCUCAGGCUGCCAGCAGCGAUGGUGCCCAGGGCUCUGAUGUAUCUCUCUCGGCUUCUGAAGCCUGAGGCACUUGUCCGGGACUGAGUGAUGGGAGAUUUGUUCACGCUCCUACUUUGUGAUUCAAGAACCUCUGAUUACUUUCUGCAAACGGCAUCUGAAUGUGUGUGUUCCUAUCAGCAUAACGUGAGGAGGUGGGAGGCUGGCCCACCCCUGCCCACCACACCCCCUCCCCAGCCUUUCCUGUCCAGUAGAGGUGGGGCUGGCCCUCCCCAUUCCUGUUUUUACUUCCUGGUGCGCUCAACUGCAGCUUCUUACUGCCUGAUUGAAAUAAGAGUCUGGAUUUGCAUUCUUCUUCAUUUCUUGCCACGAAGGGGUGAUGGGUUCCUUAAAGGAGAACAGCCCGGCUCGUGUGCCUCAGUGGCUGAGUGUCCACCCAGGGACCAGGAGGUCAUGGUUGGAUUCCCUUUCAGGGCAUAUGCCCAGAUUUCAGCUCAGUUCCCACCAGGGUCAUGCAUGUGAAGCCAAUGGAUGUUUCUCUUUCAUCAUUGAUGUUUCAAUCCAUCUCUCCCUCUUCUUUCCUCUCUCUUUGAAAAUUAAUAAAAACAUAUUUUUGAAAAAAA